AAAGUGUAAAUAGAGAAUAAAUUUUAUUUUUUUGGGGUGAAAUUUAGGGCCCAGAAAGAAGUAAAAGUUUAGGGCCCAUACUCCUUGAAUAUAAACUCAUUAAACUAUGCAUAAUUUUUCUAAACCUAAUCCCAAAAAAAUAAAAACAUUUUCGUUUAAUUACCCUCUAGUUAGGGCUAGGAAAAUCAGCAUAGGAAAAAUCAUUUGAUCAAUGGCGGCGCACUUAUCCGAUGAUUUGCUCUCUGAAAUACUCGUGAGAUUACCUGCAAAAUCUCUGGUUCGUUUAAGAUCAACCUGCAAAACAUGGAAAUCAAUAAUCACAAACCCUUUAUUUCACAAAUCUCACUUUCACCAUUGUUCAUCUCAAAAGUCGCCUUUAAUUCCAUCCUUCCUUUUCUUCCGAUCAGAAGGCUACAUAUUCUCACUCAAUCUGGACCUUAACCACAAAGAAAACACCAAAAAUGAGGUGGAUCGAAACUUCGUAUCGGUGACCCCACCAGUAGAAGCAAGUCUAGGGUCAUGUAACGGUCUUGUUUGCUUACAUGUCAUAAACGCAAAUGUGAUCAUAGUUUGGAAUCCAAUCACAAACGAAUAUCGAGAUAUCGAAUCACCUAUAAAUGGGUAUAGCAUUUGUAAAUCCGGGUUCGGGUUUGCCUCCUCGAUCAAUGACUAUAAGAUCUUGUUGGUGGUAGCUACACGCUAUUAUAGGAGAGAUUCAGAAUCAAUAAUAUAUGUUUACUCAUUUAAGAAAAGAAAGUGGAGAUUGUUAGAUUUCAAUGUUGCUGUUCAAGGAAUGGGAUCGUCAACGACAUAUGCUCAAAUUAACUAUGAACCUUGGAGUAAUUGGCGUUCGAUUACUAAAAUACAGGAGGCAGUUCAACUCCAUGAAAAAUUUCAUUGGGUUGUUGGGCCUCGAUGUAGCAAUUGGGGUUCAAUAACUGAUUAUUAUAUACUUAAAUUUGAUUUGGUUAAAGAAAUAUUUGAGAGAACAUCUGAUAUGAAGGGAAGGAUCACAAAACAUAUCAAGCCUAAGGACAUGUAUACCGUAAAAGCAUUCGUUGGAAUCACAAGAAGGAAUAAUUUAUGUGUUUGUCAAACUAUUGAUUCUUUUUGGGGAGAUGCUGAUGUUCCCACAUGUGUUGAGACUUGGAUGUUGGAGGGAUGUGACAACGAUGAAGGGCGCGAGUCGUGGAAGAGAUUGUUCAAGCAUAGAGGAGAUUGGAGGUAUAUGGGAGAUGAGCAUAGCUUGUUGAAGAUUACUGGUAAUGCUAGGGUUAUGAUUAUGGAAAAAAAGAACACAAAUAUGGAACAUAUGCUUGUUCUUGAUGCAACUCAAGAUACUUUGAAAUAUGUCCAAGUUAAUAAUAAAUAUGUUGCACAACAUAAAAGAGGUGAUGAUAUUGCCUACUCCAUCACCUAUCUUGAAACUCUAAUAUCUCCGGAUUCUUUGUUUCAAUUACAUUAGGUUUUGCAAACUCUCCUAAACCCUAGCCGUCCUCUUUUCUUCUUUCUUUUUUUUUUUUUUUUUUUUUUUUUUCUCUCUAAGGUUUACAAAUUUUAAAGGGUUUUUAGGCCGGAAAUAGUCAAAUUUCUUCCUCCGGCCCUUUUGGUUUAAUUAUUCAUGUGUUUGUCUUCAGAUUCAAUAAAACUACAUCGUUUGAGUGUAGUAAGUUCCCCUGUGGUGGGAAGGUGGGAUUAGUUGAGUAUUUGGGUUAUAGUAUUAGUAUAGUUUUGGUGGAGUAUCGUCGUGAAUUCGGUUCGUUGAUAAAGAAUUAUACGAGAUUGAACCAGUUAUCAAAAUUUUAAAUUGACUUAAAUGAAUAGGAUGGAAACCGUCAUCGCGGCUACAACAAAUCGUUAGAUCGUCUCUCCGAAAAGGUUGUAUGUUCCAGCGCGAUAUGUCCCACAGUGCAAGAUCUUCCCAACGAUGGUAGUUUUGAUGAAGGAAUACCU